CGCAUCAACAGCCGCUCUACAUCGACUCACCUCCACCUGCUGCAAGGAAGAUGUUCAAAAGAAAAGCUUCUUCUGGGUCAGGAUCACAGGAGACGGGAGAAACUCAGAAGAAAAAGAAAUGUGAUCAGAAUACAGGUACAGAUCCAGAAGAAUGUGACAUUAUCAUUUUGCUCAUUGGUAAAACUGGAACUGGCAAGAGCUCUGCAGGAAACAUCAUUAUAAACUCUAAUCAUUUUGCAGUUGGGGAGAAUACAUUGGUGUGUGAGAAGGGAUUUCAUAACUUGCCUGAUGGCCGUAGAUUGGCAGUGAUUGAUACUCCUGGUCUAUUUCACACCAUAUUGACCCCUCAGGAGAUGAAGAGACAGUUGGUUAGAUGUCUCUCAUUGUGUGCUCCUGGUCCUCAUGUGUUCCUGUUUGUGAUAGACCCAACAAGUUUCUCAGAAAAAGAAGAAGACAUGGUCGAAAUCAUCAGGAAGAUUUUUGGAGAAAGAGCACCUAGAUAUGCCAUGGUGUUGUUCACUCAUGGAGAUCAAAUGCCUGUAGAUCCAAACAGACAACGUAUUUUGCAUCUUAACCAAGCUUUAAAUGAUUUUCUCAGCGAAUGUCGGGGAGGUUAUCAUAUUUUUGACAAUGAAAUUGGGAACAGAACUCAAGUUAUUGAGCUGGUGGAGAAGAUUGACAGCAUGGUUCAGAGAAAUGGAGGCAGCUGUUACACAAAUGAUAUGUUCAGAGAAGCUCAACGAGCCAUUAGAGAGGAGGUUGGAGGACAUAGGGGUCCAGCAGAGAGAAACAACUCGUUUAUUCGAGCUGUUGACCAAGCUGCUGUUGCUGAGGCUGCAGCUGAAGUGGGAGAUGCAGUGAAGAGAGGCAGGUCAGUGAGAGAUAACUGGUGCGUCAUCAUCUGACUAAAAAUGCUGCAAAUAACCACAAUGAUGGCGACCAACUCAGUUUAAUCAUCUGACAAUAAUGAGAUGUGCUAGUGAAUAGUCAUUAAUCAUAAACAAAAUUUUUUUAGUGUGACAUUUGAACGUGAUUUGUUAUUUGAAGACAAUGAUUAACAACUGCAUGUUUUUGAUCUGCAUAUUUUAA